GAAUUAUUAACUAUCGUUCGUUGCACAGAACGAACUUCGGCAUGGCACGGACACCAUGCCAACAACCAAUUCAGCAUCCUGAACCGGGUCCCAGAACAGGAUGCUUCCGCUACAUACGAUCGUCCCGAUUGCUCGAUCACUCGUUGUCUUUCCAUUGACGAUUAACGCAGCAAAAAUCUUAAGCAUCGAUAUCCGAACUUCUGCCGAGAGUUGUCCGAGACAUCUAGUCUGAGACCUCCGCGCCAGGCUGACGAGCAUGCAAGCCUCUCAAUCUCCUGACAUUCUCCCAUUUUCUACCCUAGAUCCUUCGCUUUACUCACUUUGAUACUCACAAGGUUGAACAUGGUUGCGCUACGAAGCCAGCGAGAAGAACUGCUUCACAUUGACUUUGUUUGUAUCUAUGUUGGGAGCUACUUGUCUGCAAUGUUGUAUGGAAUCACAGCACUGCAGUCAUAUAACUACUUUAGGGAUUUCCCAAAAGAUAGACUCCUGCUUAGGGGAAUGGUUACCGCACUUCUACUGUUGGAGACAGCGCUGUCAUGCCUAUCUGCAUUUUCAGUCUUUGAAGGAAUCCUUCUUUCAAUGUCAGUCAGUACCGGUCAAGCUCCCACUGCUACGAUCGAGACAUUCUCUUGGGCUGUAACGUCUAGCGUUCUCCUUACUAGCCUCGCAGACACUAUCAUUCGCUCAUUCUAUUGUCUUCGGAUUCACGCUUUGAGCGAAAAGAACUGGUACCUCACUGCUCCUGCCAUCAUCCCGAUCAUAGUCAAUUUCGUCGCUGCCCUAUAUCUAUGCGUGGUGGAGUACAUUGCGAUGAACGGCUUUGACACAAACAAUUUCGACACCAGUUUAUGGGUAUUGCUCAUAUCAGUCGCGAUCUCAGACCUAUUAAUCGCCGCUAUACUCUCACUUCUUCUUUGGAGGAAGAGAUGUACGUUACUCAAGCGAAACCGAACAUUCUCGACUGUGAACGUACUCAUCGUCUACACCAUCUCUACUGGGCUCCUGACAAGUGCUGUUGCCUUUCUGAUCCUCAUCCUCUUUAUCACUGUCAAAGGUCUGGCGUACUAUGGCAGCUAUCUCGUGUUGAGCAAAUUAUACUUCAACUCCCUCAUGUCCACUCUCAACGGACGUCAAAGGCAGCGACAAGACUGGGACGAAGCCACGGUAUCGUCGUUCGAUAUACUGGACCGCCAGCCGAUGACGACUGCAGAUCAGCGGCUUACUCCUCACAGUAGUACCAUUGUAUUCCGUCUUGGCUCGGGGAAUAGAGAGAGCACGCUCGAGACCCCUCCGUGUACUUUCCCUAACGGUUGCACCUCACGACCUUAGGUUCGUUGCACUUACAUGGUUUACUACGCCUAUCCUCUUUCCUUUCACGUCUCCGUAUUUUCGUUUCCAUUUUGCCAGAAUAUGCUACCUAUCCUUUAUAUUACUUCGAUUACCAAACACUGCCGCCUCUUUCUCUUGAGACUAUUUACGAGCGAUAUUAUUCUUACGCAGCAUAUUCAUCAGUUUGAAUGUCGAUCAACGAAUCACAGCUAUCUAUGAUAAUGGCAUAUCC